UCAAUCAGAACGUGGUCGAUAUGAGAUUCCGACUGCUGUGGUGAUCUCCAGGUGUAACGAUAAGGGAGGCUGUGUGGGAAAAAGGUGCUACGUAUUACCAUGUUUUUGGAGGUGGCGAAAUCAAUGAGUCGUAGGCCGUUUUCGUUCGUCUACUGAUGGGCGCUGUGCUAUACUUAGAAUCAAUCACAAGCAGUAGGCUGUGAUUUUCCUCUGUAAUUUGAAUUCAGAAUAAAUUUUGCGUUUGGAAGUGUACGACGUGUUAUUGAAUCAGUGUCUCGAUUAUCAUCCGAAUCGGUAAUUAGUCCAAUCACGAAUCUUCCCAAUAAUCUGGAUCUGGAUUAUCACAUCUGGCGACGAGUAAGUGAAACGUUCCCACACACCGUAAAGGUAAGAAAAAAAUGCUUAAAUUUGAAGUGAAAGAAUUCAAUUUAAUUUUCCACGUGUUAGCACUUCGAAAGGCGAGAGCACGUGGAAACAGGCAAAAGCCGCUGCGUUGUGCAGAAACAGAUUAUUUCCGCUGCCGUAGAGCAGGGACAGGCACCGAGCCGCUUCGAGAAACCUAGGCGUGAAGCCGCUGCGUAAGGGCAGGAAUAGGCGUGCAGCCGCUGCUAGGAAGCAGAAAGUACUUCCGUUGCGCCAGGCAAGGACAGGCGAGAAGCCGCUACGCAGAGUAGAAAUAGGCUCGAGCCGGAGAAAAAACUUCAGAAAACUACAUCGAAAAGUUCGAGUUUCACCGCCUACCGUGAUGGAAAACUGGAACAUCAGUCCAUUCAAAUUCCAACACCUUCCAGAUACGCAAGUCCGUAAGGAAUGGUUGCGUUGGAAAAGGAAUUUUGAAGUGAUUGUGGCGGCCAGUGAAGAGAAAAACGCUACCAAGUUAAAAAACAUAUUGUUAGCCAAGGGUGGAUUGGAGCUGCAGGAUUUGUUUUACUCGAUCGAUGGGGCGGACGUUGGAGAGGAUGCCGAAAUUGACCCGUUUAAAACGGCGAUUAGCAAGCUGGACGAACAUUUUUCACCGAAGCAGCAUGAUUCGUAUGAACGGAACGAAUUUUGCAAAAUGGUACCGGCAACAACGUCUGAUGGAACCCGCGAACCAUUGACCAAAUUUUUGAUGCGAUGCAACGAACAAGCGAAGAAAUGCGAUUUCGGUAAGACAGAAGCGGAAAGUCGGGAUUUGCGUGUCAUCGACAAAAUUAUUUACCAUGCGCCGGCGGAGUUGAGGGAAAAAUUGCUUCACGAAGAAACUCUCACACUGUCGCAAGUUUCCAGAAUUGUGAAUUCGUUCGAAUCAAUUAAGCAGCAGGUUCAGGCAAUUGCUGGAAACGAUAAUGGUGAAACAUCGGUACGGGUACCUCCGCGUUCAGAUCAGGACGUUUUUCGUGUAUCGGGAAAUGGCAAAUCAACAAGUGGUUCUUGUUAUCGAUGUGGACAGAAGAACCAUUACGGAAAUGACCAACAGUGCCCCGCUCGGAACAAACAGUGCGAGAAAUGUCGAAAGUUUGGUCAUUUCGCUCGUGUUUGCCGUUCGAUGACGAAACGCAAGUAUGAUGGCCCAACCGGCCCAACACCAUAUCAAACUGGUAAGAAGAUGAAGACUGACAAUGUGAGAGCAAUAACGUCUAUGGAGUGCGAGUCCAGUUCAAAUUUUAUUUGCAACAUUGGAGAUGGCGAUGAAUUUCUUUGGGUCGAUGUCGGGGGUGUAUUGAUCAGAAUGUUGAUUGACUCUGGUAGUAACCAGAACCUUAUCGACGACGACACUUGGCGAAGCAUGCUCAGCCAAGGGGUCAACUUCUGGAAACCGAAACAUGUCCCGAACACGAUCUUGCGAGGAUACGGCCGUGAAGCGAAGCCUUUAGUUGUGUCACACGUUCUUGAGACAACAUUCAGCAUUGGAAACGAAGCCGACCAACGUCAGGAAACAACGAUCUUCUAUGUCAUCGACGGAGGUUCUCAGCCGUUGUUGGGAAAGGAUACUGCGAAGCGUCUGGGUGUUUUGAAGGUUGGACUGUCCGUUAACAACAUCGUUCCGGCUGGGAAUAGACCUUUCCCAAAGAUGAAAAAUGUCCAGCUGAGUAUUCCAAUCAACAGAAACGUUACUCCAAUAGCUCAACGAGUCAGGCGCCCACCGAUAGCACUUCUCAGUCGAAUUGAAGAGAAGCUGAAUCAACUACUUGUGGCGGAUAUCAUCGAACCAGUAUCUGGAGCAGCACCCUGGGUUUCACCGUUGGUAACAAUAGUCAAGGACAAUGGUGAUCUUCGUCUUUGCGUGGACAUGCGACGUGCUAACCAGGCUAUCAUGCGAGAACAUCACAUGAUGCCUACGUUCGAAAGUUUCCUUCCUCGGUUGAAAUCUGCCAAAUACUUCAGUCGUUUGGACAUCAAAGAUGCAUUUCACCAGGUAAGCUAGACAACCUAAAAAAAAAACAUAAUAAGUGUUUUAUACUGAAAUCGAAUUACAUUAAUACUGUUGAUAUUUUAUUAUCAAAAUAUAGAUUGAAUUGGCUGAGCAAAGUCGGUACAUCACAACAUUUAUUUGCCAUAAAGGACUGUUCAGGUAUAAAAGGCUGAUGUUCGGCAUUUCUUGUGCCCCAGAAAUGUUCCAAAAAACCAUGGAACAAAUUUUAGCGGGAUGCGAGAAUGUCAUUAACUACAUUGACGACAUAUUUGUUUUUGGAGCAACUGAAGAAGAGCACAAUGUUGCUUUGGCCAAAGUUCUUUGUGUCUUGAAGGAGAACAAUAUUAUGUUGAACCAAGACAAAUGCAUCUUUAAGACGCAACAGCUUGAUUUCCUGGGGCAUGUCAUUUCAUCUGAUGGAAUAAGACCGACUGAACAAAAAGUUCAAGCCUUGCAAAAGUUCCGCGAACCUCGUUCUUCAGACGAAGUAAGAAGUUUUCUGGGCUUGGUUACAUACGUUGGAAAAUUUAUUCCUGACUUGGCUACCACUACCGCACCGUUGCGUGAACUGAUUUGCAGUGCUAAUCCAUUUAGGUGGACAAACGAGCAUCAACGAAGUUUUGAAAAAUUGAAGCACUUGAUAUCGCAGGCACACACUCUGGCUUUCUUCGAUAAUUGUUUCCGUACCCGGGUUAUAGCUGAUGCCUCGCCAGUCGCAUUAGGUGCAGUUCUUGUACAAUUCGCAGAUGAU